GAGCAGAAGUCUAGUUUUCUCUCAGAACACUUGAAUUACAAUAUGCUGAAAGUUUAUUAUGGCAUUUUUGCACAAUGAUGCUAAAAACAUUCUGCCUACUGCCACUUUAACUCUGCCCUGCAGAACAAAGAGAGCCUUUCUCUCACAUGGGAGAAGGAGGUGAAGCCGUCAUGGAAACUUGUUGAGUCUCAGCCCUCAGCCCUGGUGGGUGGCUCCUCUUCAUCGUACUGUAGUUAUUGUUCAUGUUCAGUAUGUUCGCCCUCAGCGGGCUGUGUGUGCUCAGCGCCGUGCUGCUGUCCUCUGUCUCGGGGGAGAGAGUGUCGGAGAGUCGCUCCGGGAUGCUCCAGGACCUCCGGACAGCCCUGUCGGAGCUGGCCGGGGAGGGGAGGUCGUACCUCGGCAGGAUGGCCGGGGAGCAGACGCUGCUGUCGGUCCAGAAGGCUUUCUCUCAGGUCUUGGGUGUUGUGGCAGGAAGUGUGAGUGUGGGUCUGAACGUGCUCUUACAGUAUGUCUCACACUUCCUGCAGGCUGCUGGAAUCCAAGGUGGUUUCCCCAUCAGCAAAGUGACCCCAGAGGGGCUGAUCUUUGUGGCCCAGUGGGUUCUCGUGGCUCUCAUUGGCUACUGGCUGAUCUCCUUCGUCUUCCGAUUGGUCGCCUCCACUCUGAAGCGGGCUCUGUGGCUGCUGAAACUGGGCGUGGCUUUGGUCUGUUUCGGAUUCAUCCUGAGCGACCACAGCGUGGGCACGGACACCAUGGUCAUUCGAUUGGCUGUCCUGGUGUGCGUGUGCGUGCUAUUGGGCGUUGGGACUGGGAGGGGCUCUAAUCCAGCUGAUCAAACUGCUCACCUGGAGGAGCAGGUGAAGGUCCUGGAGAGACGGCUGAGAGAGAUGGAGAGGUGGAGGAGGACGGAGGAGUGAAGGAGGGACUGAGAGAAGUCAAAUGUUCGUUCCUUCCUGAUGCCACACGUACGGAUGAUGGAGCGCUGCUGUCCUGUUCGGCCUUCUGGAACUGUCAAGGCAGAAACAUUUCUACACUUUGGAUGUUUUCUAUAAUGUGUUCAAAAAGUAAUUCAUAGCUCUGAUUUGUUAUGGACACAAUAUGGUUACUUCCUGGAAACAGUGAUUUUUCUUAGUCUACAUGUUUGUUUCUCCCUUUUAAAAUGGUUAUUUGUUUCAAUGAAUGUGCCAGUGUGAAGGGAAACGUUUUCACGUCCAACAGUCGAACCGUCUUUUUUACUACAUUAAAGAAACAUUUUGGAAAUAUUCGUCUUUUGCUUUUUUUUUGAGAGAUCGAUGAGAAGAAGGUGUUUUUGGGUAAAAAUAACUUUUUUUAAAAAGCCUUUUAGAGGAAUAUAAAGCCAAAGACUGGUACUGUUACUGUUGAGAGUUUCUGAGAUGAACAAGUGCAGCUAUCAGUAAUGUUCUGCUGUAACAUUUCACAGGUAUAAAGCUGCUAAAUAAAGAUUUGGACUUUGAGUCUGUGACCAUUUUAGUCUGUCCUCGCUGGAAUGAUUAUCCAGGCUAUUUUUAGGAGUUGGAUCACCGGAAUGCUGGAUGGCCGAACUGUCGCUGUGUUAUCUCUGGUUUCUUUGCAAAUAAACGCUCAAAUUUAGG